AUGGCGGAGGAGGUUUCUGUUCCAAGAUUUGACAAGAUUCCGUGGUUUAGUGAGGCCAGCCUCAUAAACAAGCCGUUAGUGCUCAGCCACCCGAAAAGGUAUCCUCAUUCCUCUGCCACUUUUCUGGUUUCAUCCAAGAAGGAUAUGAAUUUGCCAAUUUUGUUCCAAGUUCCAGAUGUCUUCUCUAAGGCCGGGAGGAACUGGAGAGACCCCACACUGAUCAGAAACAAGCAACUGUGCUCCAUGUGUUGAGAAAUGAAAAUGGUGCAACCAAGAACAAUGAUAAUCCCAGAUGAUCUGAAACUAUCCUUUAGCAACUAUCCAUAACACAGAAUGAUGAGUCUUCAUCCACCAAAAGCCCAGACUGUACCCAAACGUCCUCGUGAUGACAUCCUAACAGAAAGCGUUCGCUACAUACUGCCCAUUCUGGGCCCCAGAACAGCUGUCUUUUGUGGACUGCUGUCAGAUGCCUACAAAACUCUGCAGGAGAUGCAGCUCUCUUCCAGUGGGCAAGACAAUGAGGCAACUGUAGCAACAGACGUGUGUACGCGACCACCUUCCCCGCUUUCGGUGAACCUCAGAACUUGGAGCUCCCACAUAAGGAGCCGCAGUUUUCCCUUCCGGGCCCACCGCAGCGAACCCAAAGCACGAAUCCAAGAGACUGAAGACCAACUGAGCCGAUCCCCAUGGAGGAAUCUGGCGGGGAGCGAAAUUCUCCAAGAGGCGGAAAAGAUGCGGAAGACUUCUCACUCCAACCAAUCAGAUGAGAGGAACUCUUGGCACACCCCUUUCCGCUAA